AUGACAAGGACACCUAAGGGUCUUCACCCAUCUUACAUCGCAUUAAAUCCUCCUGUGGAACAGAUGGACAAGAGGACCCUCACACAAGAUGACCUACUAGAAGUGGGGCUGCAGGACAUAUUCAAUGCAGUCAACUUGCAAGAUCACCUCAACAGCAGCAUCUCACUUAUUAUCUGCUGUGCUGGUGUGGUGGCAGGUCCAAAAUUCUUAUCUGAGAAAAUUCCCUUGGACAUCUAUAUUACUCCCUGCAAGUUGCAAGCGACACCUGAGUGCAUUGGUGGAGAUGUUGCUGUUUGGGCCCAAGUGUUUGCUCAGGAGUUUCCCAUCCCUCAUCUCCAGUGUUUUUUGCAAAGUUGUGCUAUCGAGAAGGUCACUCCACUCAGGUGCUUUCCUACCGGUGCUCGCAUACAAUGCUCAGUGCAGCCUUCCGAGGUCUUUGGGAGCAACCUACAAGCUUGUGCAAAUGACUUGGAAGCAGCCAAUAUCCCAUCUGCUGCUAUUCGUGAAGGGGUGAUGCUCACCAAAAGCAUAUCAACACAGCCUGCAGCAUUUGUGGAGGUGCCACAUCAGCUUUGCCAAUGCAGACUUGCAGAUGUAUUCUGUCCUAGUAGGAACCCUGGUGAGAAGUUAGGUCAAGAUGGUUUUGAUGCCAGCAUGAUUGCCCCCGCUGCUGUUAAGGUCGUGCUCAAGGGAGAGGUUACUCAAAGGGCUUCGGCUUCAGCUUGUGCGCUGCGCCCCUUACCCAAGGGACAGAGGGAAAGUCCGAUGGAAGUCCGAGGAGUUCUGGAGGACUUAGUGUCGGUGGAGUUCGGCGGAACUCCAGGAAGGCUUAUGCGGGGAUGGAGUAAGGCUACUAUGGAAGUCCAGAGUAGAAACUGA